UACAUAUAUUAGCAUUCCCAGGUCUUAUUUAUAUGCAGCCUCGCACAUCUCCAGCGACCCACGUUCGCCUCGAUUGUGCGCCCGUCCCCCCUGUGUGACCCUUGCUACUACCCCAACGCGACCACUCAAUUCUCCCACCUUUGAAUCCCACGAUUUUCAUCACAUUCCACUUCACAUUUUACCCGCCCUGCUCUACAAAGAAUUGCACGGCCACCAACACACCAUGUCCAUAAGGCGAAACACGAAAAACACACCCAAUUUAGACAGCACAACGACGAUCUGGCCAGCCUAACCAAGGCGCCGCUAUAUACUGCAGCCACCGGCGCCACGCUACUGCACUGCACAGUACCUGACAGAAGCCCUUUGACGAUCUCAGCGCGUGGCCAACGCACAUCGCCAGAACGACGGCGACGAGCCAUUAAUCGAGACGAGUGUCCGUGAUUGCGUCCGCAGUGGCUACGAUUUGCCUUGUCGACUGUUUACACGACUGUCACGAACUAACGCCGACCGAGCUAACGCCGACCGAGCUACAAAUAGCCGGCAAGGGAUACGACCACAACAACACGACCUUUUUGUGCGGAGACACACGAAAUACUCGAUCAUUGAACAACCAGCGCCGCCCAUAACGCGGGCGGUUCGCCCAGCACUCUCGUCUUCACGCCCAUCUCGUCAGCAGCCUAUAAAUCCCGGCCCACGAUGUCCGGCCCGGCCCCCUCCCCACAACCCAUCGCCAUAACACUGUUCGGCGCGGGCGGGAGCGGCAAGUCGUCGCUAACGCUAUCACUCGUCCGUAACGCCUUCACCUCGACAUACGACCCGACGAUUGAGGAUAGCUACAGCAUAACACGGCGUGUGGACGGCGUGGAGUAUGUGAUUACGAUUACGGACACGGCAGGGCAGGAGGAAUACCGCGGGCUGUGGGCGCAGGAGGCGCUGCACGCGGAUGGGUUUGUGCUAGUAUAUGACAUUACGAGCCGCCGGAGUCUAGAGGCGCUGGGGUGGUUUGAGGCGCUGGUGCGGGUGGAGGGGGAGUGUCGGGAGGAGAGGGCUGAGACGGCGCUUCGGCGGCGGACCGAGCGCAGUGAGCCGCUGACAAGGAGUACAACGCGGGUUGGACGAUCGAGAUGUGGCACAGGGACGACCGUCGUGAGCGAGGCGUCGGAGUUGAAGCCUGUCAAGAUUGUGGCGGGGAACAAGGUUGACCUGGCGAGUUCUCGACGAGUGCCGGCUCGGGAGGGACUGGAAUGGGCGCGGCGGCAUGGGUGCGGGUUUAUGGAGACGAGCGCGCGAGAGCGGGUGAAUGUUGAGGAGACGUUUGGGCUGAUUGUGCGACGAGUGGUUGAGGUGCGACGGGAGGAAGAGCAGCGACGACUGGAGGAGGAGUAUGCGAGGGCUACUGCAGAGAGGGAGGUCCGUGGGGAUAACAGGCGGUAUACAGUUGACUGGACGGAGGAGAGUCUACGUUAUCAGCGCGAGCAGGCAAGGCGACAUGAGACGGAGAGGGCAGAGCAAAUGCCGAGGAGAGACGCAGGGAGGAGCGGGCAGAGUCAAGAGCAGCGCGAGAAGAAGAUACGGAGGAGGAAGUCGGAGGCAGGAGUGGGUGUGAGGCACGCCGUGACGGCGCCGUUGAGCCCUCUAGAGAUGGAGGGGAAGCGGAUGAGGGUGCCUAUACCACAAGGGGAUAUCGGGCCUCCGAAGAAGGGAUGGGGUUGGCUAAGGUGUUGGUGAGCCGGAGUUGAUUUUUGCACCAUUUACUUUCAGUUGUAUACCAUGAGCCGGACUACCAGUGGUCUCGAGCGUUUUACGAGCGACUGGCAUCCAUUCCACCUUUUACUGAUCUAGGCAUCAUUUUUUUAUUUUUAGGGUUUCAUGUUGGAUAAGCAGGUUUGUCGGGAAGCAUGGUUGUGUAAGAAUUGUUUGGGUAUUUUUGAAGGAAAAGGAAAGGGAGUUUGCUGGCUGUCUUUUGCGGAGAGUACGAAAAAAAAGUUGGUAAGAUAUGACGGGCGAAACCGGACGAAGUAGAAGGUAAAUAGAUAUGAGUUAGGGCUUCAUGGCCAUUAGAUCGAGGGAAGGCAUUUGCGGAUUAAUAUGAAAA